UAAAUACGAUGUUUAUCGCGUUUUAGCUGGUAAACUUAUGUGUGAUGUGACGUGUGAUGACAUUACGGUGAGCUACAAAAAUGUUUUGUGCUCUGGGAAGAUGUUUUUGCAAGAGAGAUGCUGUGAGGGCAUUAAGCACAGGCGAAGUGUCAACGGCACUUCGACCUUUUUAUUUUACGGUUCAUCCUGACCUUUUUGGUCAAUAUCCCACGCAAAGAACUGUAAAUGAAAACUCCUUAAAACAAUUAAGCUCCAUCUUAGAGUGUUUGCAACAACAAAGACCUAUACGGCCUACCAUUUUGCCAUUUUAUUUACGCUCUAAAGAUGAGAAAGAAGUCAAGGCUGGUAAAUUUACUCUAGUACAGAUACAAUUGAAAGAAAAGGAUCUGAGACAAACUAUUCUCUCUAUUUUAAAAACAUGCGAUCUGCCAACCACAUUUGUGGACAAAAUUGAAGAGGAAAAACCAUCAGAUACUACAAAAUAUAAAUCAAAGUUUUGGCAAAGAAAAGGAACCUCAGGGGAGGAUAUUGAUUUUUCAGAAUUAGAAGAUGAUCCUAUUUAUGCAUCUAUUAUAAUGAAAAGGAAGAUCAAUACAGAACCAGAUACCCUUAAGGCUUAUUUAGAUAAACAUAUUAAUGAAGUACAUGUAAAGUUGGAGGCAUGUAGGCCAAUGAGAGAGGAGGUACAAAAACUAGAAAAAAUAUUAUGCUCAAAAUUAGGCUUAAAAAAUAUUAUAUGGGAUUGCGGAUGGAAUAUAGCUCAUUAUAGAGGCUGUUUGUUAGCAUUCAAGGCUUUAGUUGAACAUCAUCCCGAACCUAUGGAAGUAUUAAGAAGUAGGACACUAGUAUUUGCCAAUGACACAGGCAUUAGUCUAGAGGGAAAUGUUAUGUUAAAUUCAGGAGAAGUCAGACACAAUUGGCUUGAUCUAAUCAGAAAUGUUCAAAAACAUGAUGUUGUACUGUUGAGAUUACCAGCUUUCGAGAAGGCAGUUUCACAAGUACUUCUUGACAUAAAAGUUGGUCGACGGAAAUUCAUGCCAAAGGUAAUGGUUAGCCAGUACGAGCGUCAGCUUCGUCAGUUAACUACGACCCUCUCAGACUACAGAGGAAGGAGAAACUAUCCAAAAGUGUGGCCAACCAACUUAUCAGCUUAUGAGAUUGUAAUUGAAGCGGAAGCUGGUCCUUUAAUGCUCUCUCCUACUGGGCAAUUUAUAGUUCCAUCUUCAUGCCCAAGUUUUCUUUUAGUUAAUUUCAUUACAGAAAACUUGGAAGAAGCCACUAAAAGAUUACAUCACUAUAACAAUAUAAAGUAUGUAGAACGUGAACUUCACGACAAAGCUGUCAAAGAAUUGGGUUUAACUGAUCUUAAUAAGGAUGAUAGUAUUACGCCAGAUCUGAUGAUACAAUGCUGUGAACGUUUAUUGUUGCACAAAAGUAUAUUGGCGCCUAUGUUAGAAGGUGUUAUGCUUUGGGUUACACAUUAUUACUCUGUCAUGAGUGAUGGUGUCUUAUGUAUACCCUGGGAUUGGAAACUAUAAAUUCCAAUGUAAAAUGUUCUUCAGUGCUUUCAUGUUAUAUUUUAUAUGUAUAUCAAAUAUUAGAAUAACUACAUCGAACGAUUGUACAAAUAGUAGUUAAGUAAUAAUG